UUUCUAGGUUUGAAAGCCGAUCCCUGGGUUUCUCCUCCAACAAGCUGAUCAGCAAACCAGCGAGGACAGCACUUCUGUCCCAUCAAGGAUAAACCCAACUUGCAUUCCAGUUGCUGCAAUUAUUCAGUAUGCUCCUUCCUUCCCAUCUCCAGUCUAGCGAGCCUGGUUUAGACAGAAUGGAGUGGGGAAAGGUUUCCGACUCGUCGAAUGUUGUGUACCUCUCCCAAAGCGUCGACUCCUUUUUACACAAGUGCAAGCAUACUUGCGACAUUCAACACGUGUGGGCUAAUCUAUACAGGUGCCGAAGUAGCAAUACAACACACAUAUGCGACAAGAAUUGCAACCAGAAGAUUCUUUACGAUAACUACAGCAGCAUCUGCAUGGUUAGCAGAAAUAUUGCUCCGCUGACUGAUCACGAGACUAACAUGGUGAAAUCUCUGCGGAAGAGACGCGAAGUCGACGGAGGCAUGGAGACUUGUGGAAGGCAACGGAAAUACCUGUUUCGUAACAAACCAUUUUCAGUCGCAGUACCAGCUGCAGGAGCCGUUCUUCUCGCUGACAGCUUUAUGGCAGACAUCUAACUUCUGACGGACGACUGACAACGGUUUUCGACUCUGACUGGCGCUGACUAAUAUAAGACGUGGCGUGCUUGCCACUCCCGACGUUCCCGAGGUCCCUAAGGUAUCCAGCCACUUCAGCGGUUGGUUUUCCCAGUUGGUGGACAAUGGCCAUUCACAUGGCAUACAUGACUGUACAAUUUUGAAUCUUCAUUCAACAUGUACACAGGAUUGUGCAGUGAGCAGGAGACUGUUUUGGAGCCUGGUUUUGGGGAUGGAGCUUGAACUGGUGUGGUCUUUCAUUCAUCACCCUACGUUUAACGUUCGAUUGAUCUGACCAAAGCUGUAAUAAGUAGCCAAAUUGAUGUAUAGUUGAUGAGUAGAAGGUGAUGAUUGAUGAGAAUGAGUAG